AUGGGAAAGAAGAAAGACAACGUUGACGAAGACGACGUCAACGUCAACGUCAACGACCUCGCGGCUACUACAUACGCGAACAUCGCACGACUGACUAGGAUGGGCUACAUCGCUCCUGACCACGCUAGGUGGGCGUUGGGCAUACUUCCUCUGGAAAGGAAGGAUAGGUUCCUGGGUUCCUGGAAGCAGGAUAUGAGGGUACUAGAUGUGGACAGCACCGACACAGUGAGGGUGCAUAGGUUACCGUAUGAUUCUGAGAGGUGGCGCUGGGUCUGCCACAAUGAGAUGGCCGACGGCUGGGUAUCACUCCACGACCUCCGAUUCACAGCAGCGAAUCCCGCGUCCCAAGACUCGGCGUCAAGUAGCAGGCGCACAAGAUACGCCGAAGAGCCACCCGCUCCUACGGCCACCCGCGGCAAACGUGGAAAGCACAGAGCUCCAUCCCAGGACACUAGCGUCGACUCUUUCUCAGAUGCAAGGUAUCAUCUACGCCACCAGCCCGCCGAACUCGCAGGGACAGAGAAUCGGUUCAAGGACCCUCCUUCCUUGGAAGAGUACCCGAGGAAUGCAGCCUCGUACUACCAGUCGUCGCGAUAUCACUUUGUUCCAGAGGGAUGCAUCGACAAGUCCGGUACUGGAUGUCGGAGAGAGGCUGAUAUUGCCCACGGUCGUCUCGAGCAGCGAAGACACGCGCAACAGUCCAGACAGAGCGAUAGGCGCCAUCGCAAGCGUACAAGAUUUGAAGACGACGAACAGCCUGUGGACGGUGACCCUCCUCGGAGCCGCAAGAAACGCAUCGAGUCCGGAGAUGACACCGCCGAAAGCGAGGCUGCACAUAGCCUUUUGCAGCUGAAAAGCUGA